GCGAUGAGACACCUGAUGACGUAACAACUGGUUUCCUUAUUUUGUACACGUUGUCUGCUACAAAGAGGCAAUCAGAAAACAUGUAUUUAACCUUACUGUGACUCUAGAUCAUAACCUUAGUGAUAAUUAGGUUGUGACGAUGGGCCAAGGACAGAGUAGCCCUUCUAUUUCUACUGUAUCCAAUUCUACAGCAGACGAUGGAAUCGCCUGGUGGUGUAAAAUCGGAGCUAGAGGUGCUUGCGUAGCAGGCGGCCUGGGUGCCAUGGUAACUGGCUUAUUUAGCUGCAUCACAGUCACACCUUUGUGCCUUGUGGCUGGUGUGCUACUUAUAUUGAUCGGUUUCAGCGUUGUAAUGCUGGAGGCGCCAUGCUGUUGUCAAUUUAUGGACUUCAUUCAGCCUGUGUCCCGUUUUAGUGAACGUCGCACACCUUUCCAAAAGGCACUCAUCUAUGGAUUGCCAGCUCUCGUACCACUGAUGUUAUGUUUCUCUGUGACUACAGCAUUAGGCUGUGCCUUGCUAUUUGCCUCAGGAGGGGUCUAUGGUAUCAUUGCUCUUGGUAAAAAGGCUGAGCGCGACGUCAUGAUGUCCCGGGCCAGAGGCGAUGACUUGGAAAUGAAAGAAACUUUAAUGGCAAAUGAAGAAUCAGCUUCAGUUCAAUGAGCAUUUGUCUGCUUUUCUACUUUUUUCCCAUCUGGCUUUAGCUAGGCUGGUGUCAACACAGGCUACUUAUCCCCAGCCUGAACAAAGAUUAUUGAUCAAUUCUAAAACAUCUUAAAAAAUUGAUAUUGCUGCCUGGCAUCUCUUUAUUAUGUAGACUAAUCAGCAGAGCCAGUGCACUGGGUCUGUUCUGGAUGGAGCAUCAUCAGCAGAUCUGUGACGUAACGUAAAGGGCAAGUUUGACAUCACCGACAAGCCAUGUUUAAUUGACAUAUUUGAUGUUGCUGACAAGUUGUGUCUGUAUGUGCUUUCAACAGAUGCUUUUUAAACCUUCAGCAGUACAAGCUCGUGCUCCAGUUUCUGCCAUGAUGUAUAGUUCCACCAUGUCUCUUUAAAACUAGAGAUCUGUAAAGAAAAAUACUUGGGUAUACCUUACCAAGGGAGACAAUACUCUUUCUUCAUGGUUUUUUAAUUUUUGGCUCAUACUAUCAAGCAGUACAGGAGUCCUCUAUUUAAUCUUUCUUUGCUGUUGAUUAUAACUACUGUGAUGUCUUUAAUUUAUUUUGUAUGUGUGAAGAGACCUUAAGAUGGGUUUAUGCAUUUCCACACCUUCAGUUUUUAAGACUUUCACAAAGUAACAUUCUGGCAAUAAUAAGUAGCAGUAUCAUAUAGUUCAGAAGCUGUUAAACAUUAUCGAAAAGAUAUUUUUAGCUGCUGUAGCCAUGUCUCUACAAGUAAACAGCACAUUUAGUGUCUUAAAAUAAAUAAUUGAGUUUAUUUUAAAAAAAACAAAAAAGUACUCAUUUUAGAUUUUCUUUUUUACUGUGAGUUAUCUGGGCAUAAGCAGCUUUUGAAAAAUUUCACAGAGGAUAGGUCUUGUACCCUGCAGACCACUUCCUGUCCUGGCAACUGCCAUUUUCUUUCAAAAGCUGACUCGCAAGGGUUUCCUAUCCAGAUGGAAAGUAUGUUUUUCCCGUAUCGUCGGAUUAUUUCUAUUUUGUAUACAGUCAUGAAACUGUCUGUUCAACAUUAAGUAUUUUGUUUACUCCUAGGCAGGGCUAAUGUAAACUGUUAAUAGUAUUCACUUUAUAUACUUAUGUCACAUGAGUUAGAGCACAUGCUUUGUGAUGUGGGCUAUGGCUACCUGAAAGUCAUUACAUUUUUGGAGCAACGGACAAGUAUCUAUUGUUAGCUGGCUGAUUUUCAUUCAUCCCCAGGCUGCUGCUGACUAGAAAUAAUACUGCAAAACUCUGUUAUGGCCUGAACUAAAGGUGUAACAUCCAGCCAUCUUCAACAGACUUAAUUCAAUUGACAGAUCUUCAGCAGAGCUCGCUCUUGAUGCACUAUUAAAGGCUGAUGAAGGUGCUCAUGAUAAUCAUAGUUUGAAUUUUGUUGGUCUUUAAGCAAAGUAGCAAGCAGUGACAUCACCAGCAUUUGAUGCUUAACAUCUACAUGGAUCUCAGGAUGCUGGUGAAGUUUGACACAUAUUAUUUGUGUGGAUUUGAGAGAUUGCAUUUUGUUUGACCCUGUUGUGAUGAUCAUCAGUGGCAUAAAGAAUUUACUGUGCUAAAGAUUUCGCAAUGCUGGAGUAAUAGAAAGAACAUUAGUUUGACACUCUUUAAAGAUGUGACCAUAACCUUGUUGUAGUACAGAGGAUGUCAUCAAGAACACAUAAAGAACAGCUUUCAGAUGACCUUCUCUAUUGUCAGUCUUCCUGUGCUGGUGGCAUUUUGUCUGUGUUUGGAAUGAGAUGUUGUCUGGAAAUAUGUUGAUGGUUGGAUAGGGUGGGUGGAUGGGCAGUCCAUCUAUUAGUCAGAAGAAAGAUUUGGACUCAAAGGUGGAAGAGGGUUGUUGUUUAGUGUUGGCUGUGUUGUGAUGUAUGUGUAGCAUGAUAGUACAUUGUGAGAUCUGAUCACCUAACUACUUGUUGUGAAUGCCACAAAGAUGCAAUAUUUCUGUUGAUCAUGUUUUUGUUUACUGACAAAACCUGUGCAAUGUCUUGCAUGCACUGCUAUCAUUCAGGAUAUCAACUCAAGCUUCACUUUGAAAUGACUGUGCUUGGAGUAGAAUCAAUUAUAGAAAUGUAGAUGAUUUCUCAUGUGUCCAGGAAAGAAAAAAAUAUGAUAGCAUACUUUUGUGAGAUGAUCUAAUGUGUAUGUAUAUAACCAUGGUGUACUUUUAGCGGUCACAGUAUCAGAUUUUGCUUUGAACCAAUGAACCACUGCUCCGAGCUUUGUUUGACUGUAGUUUUGUUGGUCUUGCCAUUUAAUCCUUUACACCAUAACUUUACAGCUAAUUUAAUGAACAUUCCAAAAUGAUAAAGUUUCAUGUGUGCAUGUUUGUAUGUGUGAGUGUAGGGGUGGGGCAUAAGUUUGCACAUGCAAUCAUGCAUGGUUGUGUUGGUGCAUGUACAUAGUCGUCAGCAUGUAUGCUAAUUUACAAGGAAGUAGUUGAUCACAAAAAUAUGACCUUAUCAAAUAUUUGAAUUUAUUAAAGAAAAAAAGAUUCUU